AUGUUUGGGAACUGUAUGGAGUCCACGGAUAUUAAGUGUCCAGUGUACUACUACGAACAGCUGGCAAUACAACUCCACCGCCAGUGUUUCACGAAUAACCCUGGAUUCCGGUUUUCAGUGUGCGACUGCGCUUUCGAAGAAAUCAUGGCUCACUACUCAAUGGAAGAAAAACUCUCAGAUAGCAUUUAUGAGCGACUAAAGAGUAGCAUGUUCAAAGCCAAGGAUCUCGAAACGUUUGAAACACUUUUGCCUCCGAACAUUGUAUUGAAGUGUCCACCAAAGAAAAACCCGAUGACAUUGAGGCCGCACGCAGGGCUGCAUGAGAAACAACAAAACCCGAGUUUCACCGGGAACGUCAUGUAUACCACGAACCCUCGACUGAUGACAGAAAUUUCACUGAUGGUCAAUCAUAAUCGAAAGAAGGGUUUUCUUCGGGCAGUCUACAUCGCGCAGUCGGAGACUCUCAUUUGCUCUUGUGAAGAUGGUGUUGUGUAUGUCUUUGCUUACGACUACCAGGGAACCAGAAGUUUUUUAAUGAAAACUUUGGAUACAGGUCGUCCUAUAUCUGACAGAACUGCAUCAACUACUGCGAAUCCACAACCGUUUUUCCAAACAGCCACAGAUAACACUGCCCAUUCAGAAAAACUUAGCUACAUCUUCAAACAACUCAAAGCAUACGAAAAGGGGAAAAGUAGAAUUCCGCCGGAACAGACUUCAGUUGAACAGGCUGUAGAGAAGGGCAAAGUAGAUGAAGUUACGCCCGAUUUGUUUGAACCCUUCAAUAUCGACAAUUCGCUGUCGGCUGGAUGGGACAAACGGAUAUGUGUUUGGGAUGUAGAAACUGGAAUACUUUUGGACAAAUUUCGGGACCCACAGUGUCCAGACCCGCAUGCAGCUGAAAUGGCGACUGAAGGUGAAAUUCUGGACAUGGCUUACAGCCCAGAACUGUCCAGGAGACUAGAUGAUACUUUUUUCAGUAGUUUGGGCUCGUUCAACCAGACAGAAACUUCUACUACUUACAAAACACUCAGUCAAUACAUUUUGUUUGUUUACGUCGUUAUCAGCCAACAGUUUGCCUGCGCCUGUUCAGAUUGGACAGUUUACAUCCGGCGGGCUACUAUCGUGGGCGAGAGAAUGACAUUACUCCACCAAAUUAUAGGACACUGCGGCGCGGUUUCCAGUGUAAUUUAUUGCCCAAGCGAACCCACUCUUCCCACCUCGGAUAGUGAAAGCGACGGAAACGGCAGACAACCGAUCGGUCAAUGGAUUACUGGCUCAGAUGAUGGAACGAUAAGGAUUUGGCCCACCUUCUCCUCGCCUGACUCAUACGACUCACACUCAUUCCCUUAUAUGCAGCUAUCGAACGACCUGGAUCACUGCCGCAUGAAACUCCAUACAGGUGGACCGGUAGCCUGCAUGGCUAUUAAUCCCAGGGAACAGAUCUUAGUUGCCGGAAUCCACAAAGACAUCAAGUCGUACGAUCUGAACUCAGGCUAUCAUUACCACACCUAUACUGGACAUUCGGAUGUUAUUCGGUGGUUGCUUGUUUUGCCAGAAAAGGAAGAGUACAUUACCGCGGGUGCAGAUGGACAGUUGCGUGUGUGGCGAGCAUGGAAAAACAUCAAACCGGUUGGUGAACUUAAUACUGAGGAACGAUCACCAAACACAAGCGGCUUCAAAACGUUACCUAUUACUAAUCCUGCAGCUGCAAUUGGAGCAGCCGCCCGAAUGUUCGCCAAAUCGGGUAUAAUGCCCCACACGGAAUAA